AUGGCGGGGCGCCCGGUGCUGCUGCUGCUGCUGCUGCUGCUGGCGGGGACCCCGCGCUCCGCCCGCGCCUGUCCCGGGACCCCCGGCCCGGGGGCUCCGCGUGGGGCCCGGGGGGUCUGGGGACAGCGCGGGGACGCAGGAGGUGGGGAGGGACCGGGGGGUUUGGGGGUGCCUGAGAAGGGUCGGUGGUCGGGGCUGGGGGUCCCCAUUAAGUGUCCGUGUUCAGCCCAUUCCCAUCCAUCCGCCCGUCCAUCUGUCCGUCACUCCCAUCCACCCCUGUCCCUCUGUCUGUCCCCAUCGUGUCCCCGGUGCGGAUCGACGGUGCCGUGUUCCCCCGGCAGGUCGGGCUGGGGGCCGCAGGGGGGGCCCCGGGCCCGGCUCAGCCCCCGCAGCUGGGACCCCCCUGCGGCCCCGUUCUGGACCAUGGCGACCCCGCAGCGCUUCGGCCGCCGCCGCUGAGCCCGGCCCGAGCCCGGCCGAGCCCCCGGGGGCUCCCAACACCCCCAAUAAAGCGAUCCCACCCCCACCCCGAGCCCUCGCUCUGCUUCCCCCGGGGCGGGUGGGGGGACGCGGCU